ACAACUGAGACUCAUCAUAAUCUUAUAAUCAGUCUGAAAGUGAAUCUAUCUUAUGUGACAAACUAUACUAAAAAACAAAUACAAUUACUAACUAAAACGAAAAAAAACAAAAAUAAAACUAAGAAAUCCAAGAAAAAAAGAUAAGAGAUCCAAACUCAAACAAACUAAAUCAACAACACCAUUCGCUGGAAUGAAUUAAAUGGAGGAAAAGUAAUCAACAACCAACCAAACAAACAAAAAAAAAACUUGCGGUGAAAACAAAAAUAUUCAUAGAAAAUAAUUUGUGAUUUAAACAGUGUUAACAAUUUUGUAUAAAACAAAACAAAAAGUCUUCUAAAGACUUAAAUUUUAGUAUAAAAUAAAAGAAAAUAAAAUUAAAUUCAUUUAGAUCAAGGCCUCAGGAGAACCAUAAGAAAACAACAAUUUCAGCUUCGCAUGCCUGGGCCACAAAGUUGUAUAGUAAUUUAUUGCGGCUUCAUUUUGUCCGACAAUAGUGCCGUGAAGCUAUUUAAACGGUUAGCGAUUAUUUUAUGAUGGAACUGUUGUCUAACAACUCGUUACCAGCACAAAUGGCCUCGGCAACUAGCAAUAAUUCAGCAACGAAUGCAAAUCAAAACAAUCAGGCAACUACGGCAGAACGUUUAUUAGCCGGUAUUUUGGACUCGUUUCCUGCUUGGGAUAUCAACGGUGGAAUUAUGGCCAAUAAUCCUAGAAAUGACUCACCACCUCGUAAUGACUUUUUCUUCAAUAAUCUGCUAAGUUCUUUGGAUGCCCCCAACGAGUUCAGCAUUGGUGUGGCGCCCAUUGGUACAGCGGCCAUGAGAGCUCCUCCCAAAAUGUCUCCAGAAUCCUCAAAUAACUCGAGCAUUAGCUGCGGCUGGUGCGAAGUGAAUGCAUCGAUUCGCUGCUUGGAAUGCAACGAGUUCAUGUGUAACGACUGCCUAAGAGAGCAUCGCAAAUCUCCAUUAUCUUCAAAUCAUUCAAUCAUCUCAUUGCCCACGCCCAUUGGCACCUCGCCCACCGGCGGCAUGUCGACCAGUGUGCCCCUCAUGCCUAGUCCUAAUUAUUUGUGCGACCAACACAACGAGCUUUUGCGUUAUGUGUGUGAGUACUGCAAGAAGCUUGUCUGCCAAUGUUGCACGUUGCACGAACACAAAGAGCAUUGCUAUUCCUCCAUCCAGAGUUUCGUGGAUGAAUCGCGUGAGAAAAUCGAAUCUGCCUUGGAAAGCAGUCGCAUGGGCACGAAAUGCAUUAAGAGCAGCAUUGACAAAGCCUUGGCCUUUAUACGGCACGUGGAACGCAACUGUGCAGAACUCAGCGACAACAUACGCAAGGGAUUCCGCCAGUUUCUGAUCGCCUUGGAGGAUCGCGAACGCUUUCUCUUGGAUUUUGUAGAGAAACUACGACAACGUCGUCUCGCCAUGCUGCAUGAUCAAAUGGCUGGAUUGAAAUCAGCCUUGGCUGGUCUAGCAGAAACUUCGGAUAUGUUACACAAGGUGGCUGAAAAUGGUGCACGCAUGGAUCACGUUGACAUAGCCAUGAAAGUGACAAAUGGUCAACGUCAGCUGGAACAAUUCGCUGCCAUCUACAAAGACCUCCAGCCCAAACAGGAGGUAUUUGCUUUUUCUGCUCCCGACUACACCUUGCUGCAGGAUAUUCGUAAUCAGGGAGGCAUUGUGCUGGUGGAUGAAAAGAACAUGCCGCUUAUGACUAUUAGCGGAGGCACAAUAGUAGGUGGCACCGGGGCAGUUGAGUCUGUGGGCACGGUGCUGUCCAUGCCCGGCAAUGGCAUGCCAAAUGGUGCUGUUGUGCCGGCCAAUAUGAGACGUCCUCUUUUGCGAGACAAUUCUUUCCGCAAUCCGUCGCCCGUUAUGCAGGUGAGAGGAGGGAGUGCUUGCAGUAUGCCCAACCCUGGCCUAGAUUGGGAGCUAAGUGUCAUGCGCAGCUCUCCAGGUCUACAUUUUGGCGCUCCUCGGUCAACACCAGCAAUUCCGGGAACAACUGAGCCUGUCAAAGCUCGUAACUCUAAUGCUCUCUCACUAUCGUUUGCCACCGAGGGUCAUGAGGAUGGCCAAGUUAGUCGACCAUGGGGCUUGUGUGUCGAUAAAAUGGGCCACAUUCUAGUCUCGGACCGACGAAACAAUCGUGUGCAGGUCUUUAACCCUGAUGGCUCGUUGAAAUUCAAAUUUGGCCGCAAAGGUGUGGGCAAUGGCGAAUUCGAUUUACCUGCUGGCAUAUGUGUGGACAUUGACAAUCGCAUUAUUGUGGUGGACAAAGACAACCAUCGUGUUCAAAUAUUCACCUCGAGUGGCGCUUUCCUGUUGAAGUUUGGCAGUUAUGGCAAAGAGUAUGGACAAUUCCAAUACCCCUGGGAUGUGGCGGUGAAUUCUCGCCGGCAAAUUGUCGUCACCGAUUCACGCAAUCAUCGUGUGCAACAAUUCGAUUCCGAGGGCAGAUUUAUACGACAAAUUGUAUUUGAUAAUCAUGGUUCCAAUAAGGGCAUAGCCUCGCCGCGUGGUGUGUGCUACACACCCACCGGCAAUAUCAUAGUAUCCGAUUUUGACAAUCAUUGUUUGUAUUUGAUCGAUCCCGACAUAAAUGAUAUAUUAUCAGCCAAGGGUCAUGAAGGUUCCGGUUUCCAAGAAUUUAAUCGCCCUUCAGGUAUAUGUUGCGACGAUGAUGGUCGCAUUAUAGUAGCAGAUUCCAAGAAUCAACGUAUUGUAGUCUAUAGUCCAACUUUGGAUUAUCUAUGGGAUAUUGAGAUAAGACCUUCACUUAAUCCGUUAAUGCCACCAACACUGGACGAAAAGGAUCGCACAUGCGAUGUUGCCUUAAUGCCAGAUGGCCGGAUUGUAUUCCUUAUUGAACUCUCGCCUGACUCUAAAGAGGGAUCAAAUCCCUAUAAACGUUUUGUGCAUGUCUUCUAACGAUCGACCUAUCCGUCGCGCGGAUGGAUAUCAGGUACAAAAGCAGCGGCCUCUACAAUAAUGAACAGCACCACCACAACCACCACCACCAGCAACAACAUAACUUGCAUUGAAACUAAUAGCAAGGAAAGGAGUAUCUCCAUCAUCGCCACCAAUUGCAAAAGCAAAUGCACCGCAUUCAUGAAUAUGGGUAAUAGUACUACUGCGAAUAAUUGUGAAAUAGAAAACUCAUCGAUCUUUUUAAACAAAUGAUUAUAAAACAAAACCAUUUUUUAGCAUUUAAGUUACAACGAUUACCUCGUUAAUAUUUAUAUAUAUAUAUGUAUAUAUAUGUAUAUAUACAUACAUAUGCAUAUAUAUAUACAUAGAGAAAGUAUGUAUUAUUUAGGGAUCAGUUAUCAUAAACAUUCAGAUUUAAAAGAAGACACUCCAUUUUGAAAAAUACCGUUUACAUACAAAAACCAUGACCACCACUAACCACUACCACUACUACGACCACCACCUCCACCUUCACCAGACUACAAGCCUUUUGAGUUAUUUAUUCACAGCAUAGAGCAUACAGAGUUUCAUUCAUUUUUUCACCAAAUUCUUUAGGUUUCUCAUACAACAAAAAA